AUGCAAGACAACGUGGCGAACCAUGUGCCCCCCGGUGGACAUUGUAACACGAAUUCCGCCCACAUCGAUGAAAACGUGCAGAAUAAUAUUGCGGCGGCUCCUUAUGAGCAUCACACGCAUCUCCCGCAGGCCUGGCGCUGCCUCUCAGUGGGUUGCUUUGGGGAGGCGCAACGCCUAAGUAGGGCAAAGAAGGAUAUUGUCUGUCUAGCCGCUUCACUCACGAUGUGUGGGAACACGUCCAUGGCUCUGAAGCUGCUGGAAGCAUACAUCAUAGCAUCCUGCGUGGUGGCGCACGAAAAGCGUUUGUAUCCAGUCGAACCCGCGGGGGAUUACAUGCAGCGGCUGAACCAACUCAUCAUGGGCUGGAUGGACGGGCCAACCGCGGCAGAGGAAGUAAUGGGGGCAAGCGCACAAGCACGGGAUGAGGAGGAGUACUACGCAGCCGUGUUGGACGCCAUAGCAUCUCUGGACUGGGACACAAUUCACCAAUGGUUUAUUAUAUCUCUUUUUCUCCAUGAAGAGGGCGAGUACAAACCCCCAAGCGUCCUGUGGUUCCACUUUUUCUUUGCAUUGUUCACGGAGGGAACCCCCAAGGUUGUGAUGGCGGACCAAAGCCAACCUUAUUCUCGGAAGCGGCAACGGCAACGGCAACGGCAAAAAAUUCUGCCGGAACAGUUUAGUCAUAAUGAGCUGGAAUAUUUUCUGCUUUCGCAGUGCGACGAGAGCGAUGUUGACCUCAUUACAACCAUCACGGCUUGGAAGACACAACGCUAUCGCAGUGCUAUUGCGGCUGCGACCCGGUUUCUCUCGGUGGAGGAGUUUAAUUUCAGUAUUACGGAUGAAAACAUGCGGGUCAUGACCCGCUUUCUUCGUUGCAUGUCUCUGAUUGAACUGGGGGAGCGCACCAUUGCGGCCAAGGAUGCCCUUGACCUUCUGAGAGAUGAAAAUUACUUCAUCUCCACGGUGGGCGCCAGUAUUUCGGCCUUCCUCAUGCCACUUUCACAGGCGGUGAAAAUGGUAACCUCGUAUGAGGGGGAGACUCAACUGCAAGACUACGUUUUUGCAUUGUGUGAAUAUGUGCAUGCUCUGACGCUUGUGCAGCUUGGAUGCAUGGAGGCAGCUCUGAAAGUGCUACGCUGCGCCAUCAGUGCGGCAUCAAACCACGAUGUGGGUGACUGGAUGCUGAAUCUGAUGACGAUUGCUUGCACUGCCCUAGAGGAUUCCGCCACUCUUUUGAAAAUAUCAUUGUCGCCUCAUCGGCAGCUGUAUAUAUCUCUCUGUCCGGCAUUUUUUGGCGGUCUUGGCAGCGAAGGGGCGAAGCUGCGACCAAACACACCUGCAAGUCGUUUAUUAUACCCAACUCAUCUUCCGACGUGCGCUUCCGUGCGGCAAAUGUUGCCGUUUCACCUGAAUCGUUCGCAUUACUUUUUUGCACGGGGCAAAUACAUUGAGGCGUGGAACAACGCUUGCUUGGCCGUGGGUUGUGCGGAGGAAAUUGUUGGUUCUGUGGAAUUAGCCUUUACCGACUGCUCGCCACUGAAAACGUACUACUUUGGCUGUCAUCUCGGCUUUGUGCUGCUUCAGACUGUGCUAGAGGUCAUGACACUCGGGGAUGACACCACCUCACUGGGCUGGGACAGUGACACCGCCAAUGUGCUCCUCAAGGAAGGGCCGACGCUCUGCGAGGAAGUGCUGCGCAAAUGUGCGGAGUGGUCACGGCGUUUGCGUCAGUUUCAUCCAAACGUCCGUUUAGGCAGUGUUGCACUCUCGCUGGAUGCAACGAUGAGUCGGGCGGAAAACUUCAUUAGCCGGGCCAUUUGUUUGGCGUGGCGUUACCCACGCUGUGCGCUGGCGCAAAACUGUCUGACGCUCGCCUUGUACGCGACGCAUCACAUCCCGGAAGCCGUCGACAACGCGACCAAGGCGCUGCAAACUUUUCCCCACUCACGUGAGAUUAUUAAGGUCUACCGCCAGAUUGUUGCUAAAGAAGGGGUUUAUGUAUUCAACUACCGGACCUUGGUGCCUGUGCGUUACGCCCCCUGCUCAGAACGUUUGUGGACAAAACGAAUGCUCAUUGUGCUGCUGCUGCUUGUUCUCAACUUUGUAGUGCUCAUCCUCACAGUGAUCGUGAACAUUCCCACGUGGGUUGCGCCUUCAGAGACUAUGAAGGAGUUGUCAGUGCGGCUGCAUCUUCCCUCUGUGUUUCCGCUUUGCUACGCCGUGUUUAUUAUUGUGUAUGCUGUGCUGGCCACUGUGUCAUCGCGAAACUUGGUGCGAACAAUUAUGCUGGAUCUCUUCUUCCAGGACGCUCGUAUGAAUCGCUUUCUCUUUUGUAUGCGUGGGAUAGCCUUGGUGAACGCCUUCAAUGCGAUUCAGCUCACUAUUGCUGGAAACAACUUCCUUUUUGCAUCCCACUGGUACACGAUCCUGUUGUACCUCCUACUGACGUUUUUCCUGAUGCCCUUCACCUCGCGGGUGUGGUUUAUUCCCUCCUUGGAUGAGCCGAAGGAUAGCGUAUGGAAAUGGCUAACACUUCUUGUUGUCGACACCGUGUUGACUCUGCUCCUACUGGUGCCACACAUUGCCCUCUUUGCUGUUGAACCAAUUAUGUUUAUUGCCUUUUUUUUCUUUCAGCCGGUGCGACAACCCAAUGAGGGAAAUACCAGUGGAAAUCUUUUUUGGCGCCUGCGGUGUCACAAGGCGUGCCGCAAGCAGUCCAUCUCCCCCUACAUUGAGGGAAAGAGGACUCAAUUCAUCCAUGUCCGCCUUCUAUCUCUGCUAUACUACAAGACACACUCCGAUCUCCGUACAAAACACCUGCUGGAUUACCAGAUUGACGAGGACAACUACCGCAUUUUUCCCUUAAUUGAGGUUUACGACCGUAUCGCAACUGAGCCCAUCGAAUGCUUAACGCGUGAGACAAAAGUGACAGAACGCCGUCGGCACGGUGUGCUGGAGUUCCUUUCCACACUUCGAAAGCCCUUUGGCAAUGUAUUGCUUGGUGAGGGAAAACUGCAGGAUGAUGCGCAACACCACCCCGCUAAGGCUACAAAGAACAACCACAGGUCUGAUUUCAACGGCCUCCUCACCGACAAUCCCAGAGCAGCGUCUGGGGGCGGGAACGACCAUGUAGCAGAGAACGUCAGGCUGGAAACGAAGGGGACGUCGGACGAGCAUUUUGACACCAAAGACACCCGAGGCUCCAAUUGUGUGCAGCCAACGAUGAGUAAGCAAAGUGACGGGCCCACUAUCCAGGGUGUCUUGAGGAAGGAGCGGCAGGGGAACACAAGGGGUGGGGAGGUAAAGCUGAACGACAUGGUCUCGUCCGGUGUGAGGCGUCGGCGGGAAUCCAACGCCUCUCUGAAAGGGAAUUCAAUGGGUGAUGAUGCAAAGUGGACCAGAAACAACCAGGACAACAUGUUUGCACCUUCUUCCGGUUGCAUGACGUCGCAGCGGGUGCCCCAAGAAGCGCCACCACGCGCCCAUGCCCGGGAAUAUCUGUCUUUUUCCUCGGACGCCCCUCUCACCACUGUGGAGGGGGAGUAUCAGAUGAAUCCUGUGAAGAGCUUGCCGCCGGGGACGGAUGAAAGAGUCAAUUCACGUGGGGGAUGUGCAACGAGUAUCCCUGGAGCAAAAGACACAUCAGAAACGCUGCGUGGUCGGUUGCCUACGCUUGCAACAGCGGCUCAUGCCAACCAAAUGUCUUUGGUAGACGAAUUGGGUGAGGCGUCGAAUUCAUAUGCAGACCCCAAGGUUGUCUCGUUAGAGGAGGAAGUGCUGCUCCGUGCGCUACGGACGCUGCAUCGGACCCUGAACUCUCCAUUACUCGACCAAGGUCUUCAUGUGACGAAGGUCAAGCAACUUCAAAAGCAAAAGCAUGUGGUGGAGGAGCGUUUGAGAGAGUUUUAUAAAAUCAACACGAACCAUUUGAAACAGAAGAGUUUCGGAUGUCUUGAACUCUGCUGCAAGGUUAUUUCCAAGAUUGUUGAGACCGGCGACCGCGAAUCCAACCCGAUAUCCGCCGGGAAUGUGUCACUCAUUAAGACCAUACUAGACUUACUUGACGCCCCAGAGAUAUUUGAUACAAUUUUGCUGAAUGAACUACCAGUGUUUUGCGUGGUUCACGGCUAUACUGAGAUGCUUUCUGUCAUUCUCUCGCCCAGCUGUGUUCAGGUGAUGAAGUAUAUUCAUUGGGAUAAUUUGCUGCGCUCGUUUGAGGAAGACACUUCCUCGGCAGGCGUGGAAUCGCUUCACAUUUUGCUGGACUCAUUUCAGCAUGUCUCCUCGCCAAGCAUUAAAAGCAAGGUUGCACCGCUGUUCCAGGUUGCUCUGGAGGCCGUGCUCCGCACGCACGCCUCAAACACGUUACCAACAGAGGUGGAAAACCUUCUCUUCCGCAUCAAAAAUGAUGGGAAUGUGAAGGUUGACUUUUGGCAGGUUGAGGGGGAUGGAGGGGGAACGGUAUUUUCCAACACGUGCGCCACUGGAAAUUUGGAACUUGCUGAGGCUCUUUGGUCUCUGGGCCUUGUGCCGAACCUCAAUCGGGUACAGAGUGAUGGGACGAACGCUCUCAUGCAGGCGGUGCUGCACGAUCGCAGGGACAUUGUGCGUUGGUUCUGUGAAUUGCCAUCCACUGUGACGGCGGAAAGCUUUACUCACAGGCACCCACAGCGCGGCACGGUGUUUGAAAUCGCCCAGUCUGGUGCCCUGCGCUCGAUGCUGCGGAAGGCAAUAACGAAAAAGGAAAGGAAAAACGUGGAGCGCUAA